UUACUUCCAUCAUGAGAAUAUUAGGCUAAUGUGUGAUGGAUGUUUGAUUUUUUUUUUUUUUAGCCUCCUGUCCUGAUUAAUCCGAGUUUCUUUAGUUUCUAUUUACGCAAAUCAUAAUGGCAAUCAAUUUUCCUUUUUUUUUCUAAAGUAAUUUGUGUUACCCUCUUUUGCUCUGAUGAUAUUUGCGGAGAAGAACGAGCUCAGAUGUAUCUCAGCGCUUUCCCUAAUCCUGAAUGGGCUUCGUCAGAGCAGAGGACGCUCACCGUGCGCAGCCGCGCGCUCUCACGCACAGACUUCCUCAGCAGGGAGCCUCUCUCCCCGCGCAGUUUUCGUUUUCAGCUUCGGUUGUUUGGAGGAGAGUCUGGCAGGAUGGAAGAUCUCUGACCGCCUUCAGACCUACGCACAUCUCCGCUAUACGCGCAUCACGGUUUCCCUUAGCAACGGCGGGCACACCUGUCGAGCUUCAGGCUCCAGUCAUGAGAAGAGAAAGAAGCUCGCGUCGUCUGUGUGUGCUGGUCUGCUUCAUCGCUCUGUGGCAAACACGGUCGAGAGCAGCCUGUAAUUCAACACAGAACUCCAAAGACAUUGCAACGUUCACCAAAAUCCUGGACAGUCUCCUGGAUGGGUAUGACAACAGACUCAGGCCUGGCCUUGGAGACCGAGUGACAGAAGUAAAGACAAAUGUCUACGUGACCAGUUUUGGACCAGUGUCUGACACAGAUAUGGAAUACACAGUGGAUGUCUUCUUCCGUCAAAGCUGGUUGGAUGAACGGCUGAAGUUCCAUGGACCAAUGAACACUCUUCCUCUCAACAAUCUGAUGGCCAGUAAGAUUUGGACCCCUGACACAUUCUUUCACAAUGGCAAGAAAUCUGUGGCCCACAACAUGACCAUGCCCAACAAACUUUUACGGAUCAUGGAGAAUGGAACUCUGCUCUACACCAUGAGGUUAACAGUUCAAGCUGAGUGUCCCAUGCAUCUGGAGGAUUUCCCCAUGGACUCACAUUCAUGUCCGCUUAAGUUUGGCAGCUAUGCCUACACAAAGACAGAGGUAACUUACAUCUGGACAAGAAACGCCUCCCAGUCAGUAGAUGUAGCAGAUGAUGGGUCAAGGCUCAACCAGUAUGACUUGGUUGGACAGACUGUUGGAAAGGAGACCAUUAAAUCCAGCACUGGCGAAUACACAGUGAUGACGGCUCAUUUCCACCUAAAGCGGAAGAUUGGAUACUUUGUGAUCCAGACGUAUCUUCCCUGCAUCAUGACAGUCAUCCUAUCCCAGGUUUCCUUCUGGCUCAACCGGGAAUCAGUGCCUGCUAGAACUGUGUUUGGAGUGACCACAGUUCUGACAAUGACGACCCUGAGUAUUAGUGCCCGUAACUCUCUGCCAAAGGUGGCCUAUGCUACUGCCAUGGACUGGUUCAUUGCAGUCUGCUAUGCAUUUGUCUUUUCUGCUCUCAUUGAGUUUGCCACUGUUAACUACUUCACCAAGCGAGGCUGGGCUUGGGAUGGAAAAAGUAUUGUCAACGACAAGAAAAAGGAAGCGACUGUCAAGAAGGAGAAGAACACCUACGCUGUAGCUGUGGCUAACUACAAGCCCAACAUCACGAAAGACUCAACACUGCCCACCAUCUCCAAGUGCACUCUGAACGAGCCCAACAAGAUCACAGGAGGAACGAAGCCCGAGCAGAACAAGAAAACCUUCAACAGCGUCAGCAUUAUCGACCGCAUCUCCCGUAUUAUGUUCCCUGUGUUGUUUGGCACCUUCAACCUAGUCUAUUGGGCCACUUACCUGAAUAGAGAAAAAGUAAUCAAGGACCUGGAUCCAGCUAAAUGAGCAGCAAGGGCCCAGCACAACAACACGUCACACAUUCAGGACAACAACGCUUAAUUACAGCAGCUUUGGUUACAUAAAGCUACCUUCUCUCAUUACUGGACACAAUUUUCAGCCAGUAUAGAUACACAUUUCUAAAUUAGUAUAGAGCACAUCAAAUUUUCAUGAAAUCUUUUCUUAAAGAUAUAUUAUGAUGAAGUCCUAUAAAAUACAACAUAAACCAGGACAACUGAAAUGCUGCAGGAUAUAAGGUUCUGCAGUUCCCCUCAGGUUCAAAGAGGCGUUUUCUCUUCACCUUUACUAAGUUUACAAAAGCUCUUAGAAAAAUUACUGUCUUCAACCUGCUUGGAGCCAAUCAGCAGAAAGAUGAGGCAAUCAGAUGUUUAUGAUAUCAGGCGAGCUGUGCAGUUUACGGGAAUGAGCAUUCCAAGAAAAAGUAUCUGAUUAUACUAUAUCACAAAUAUCUGAAUAUUUUUUCAAAUACUGUGUAAACACACUCAGAUAUAUAUUGAUAUAAAGUUUAGCCCAAAUAUUUACAUAGACUGUGUGAAAGGAAGCUGCAUGGUGGCUCAGUUGUUAACACUAAAACACAGGUUUUGAUGCCCAGCCUCUGUUUUUUUAUGCAUGGAGUUUGCAUGGUCUCCCUGUGCAUGGACGGGUUUUCCCUGGGUACUCCAUCUUCCCCCCACAUUCCAAAAACAUGACUGGUGAAUUGGUUAGUCUAAAUAGCCCUUAUAAAUGUGUGUGUUUGUGUGUUAUUUGUCCUGUUUGUCUCUGUGUUGCCCCGUGAUGGACUGGUGACUUGUCCAGGGUGUACUCCACCCUGCCUAUCAAUCCAGCUCAAUGACUGCUGGAGGUAGGGACCCCCGGAUCCUGCAAGGAUAGGUGGGUACAGAUAAUAGAUAGAUGUGAUAAAUGAUAUAUAAUAAUUUUUUUCUCACUGUCUCACCAAAUUUUCUUAUUUUUGAUCAGUUUAGAUCUGUAGCACCAACAUAGCACCAAUUCUAUAAUGCUGAUUCGCAACAAAUGCCGUCACAAGGCACUUUACAAAAUAGACAAAUCCCAUUGAUUGACAGAAAUAUGAAGUCAAUUCAAUCAAUCACAUAGACAGAUUUCAAAUGAACUACAAUACCUGUUAAAUCCCACAAAAACAAAGAUCAAUUUAUUAGGUCAAUUGGUAAAAUGUUUUCUAUCUAAGAAAAUCUGGCCAAUUGCUUCAAGUUGUUAACUUUGCAGAAAUCACUCAGAGAUGUGGGGAAAGUGGAAAGAAAAACUCCCUCAUGUACACCCUGAGAGCAUUUCUUAAUCCACAACAUUUGAAUUAAACAGAAAAAAACACACGAGGGUGUAUUUCAAGGCAACAUCUCAAACAUAUUGUGUCUUUUUGUGAAAACCAAAAUAAAUUAGCCAAGAUUUAUUUUGCCUGAUUUAUUUUUGCCAACAUAAAUCAGUCAAGAUAUUAGCAAGAGAGUACUUACUAAUAUCUUGUAAGUAUAUUAGUAAGCCAAGAAAACUGUGGACCUUCAUAUGUCUGGUCCUUCCACGGGUACAAUUUUGAGAUUCCUGAAGAUGUCAUGUUGUGGAAAACAGAUUGAAACAAUUAUUUAAGUAUAAACCGCAUGAAUGUCCAGCCAUUAUGCUGUUCAUGAAGGCGUCAGGUUCUGUUUCCCAGAGGAAAACAUGUUGUGGUGUGAAAUGUUUGAAUUAAACCUAGAACAUAUUUUGUAAAGAUGGUGACUAUAGUAGCUAAUAGUGGUAUUUUCCGCAGUGAAACUAAUAUCUUACUCCAUGGGCUGCAAGGCCACUCAGAGAGGAAGAAGUAAAAACUCAAAAAGCACAAUAACAAACUUCACAGUGUGCAAAUACACUCAGUGACAAAAAUCCUAAUUAGUGGAGACGUGCUUUUGUCUGAUGAACAGUAAAUGGAAAGAUGGCCAAGGAUCAAAAUGUCCAUUAUUACACGUGGAAGAAAAGAGGGAAUGGAAGGGGAUGAAAAUAGUAUUAUGUGGGAAUAUUGAUACAAAAUCUCAAGACAUCAGCCAGGAAGUAAAAGUUUGGGUGCAAAUGGGGCUGACAAAGAGACAAUGACUGAGUCAUGUUUCCAAAUUAAUCAUAAAGUGUCUAAGUGGAAAAUGUUACUGAUUUGGAGUGUUCAUUACAAAGCCUUGGUUUCAGUCACUAAGAAGAUCCAUGGCCAGAUCUAAAAGGUGUGUAUGAGAAAAGUGUCUUACAAACCUGGCGCAGUUACACCGGUUCUGUCAGGAAGAAUUACAACACAAUAUCAUAAGAAACAUUUUUACAUAUUUAGGUUUAAAAGAAGGUAUUUGUAACAAAUAGAAAAAUAUAAAGUCCCUCUUUAUACUGUUUUACUUGUAAUUCAAGAAUCUUACAAAUAAAAAUUACUUUGCUUUUUCUGACUGACCUGAAAUAAGAACUUUACUCAAAUUUGAUCAGUGAGAACAAAAUGUUAUAUGUUUUUUAUACAGUGCAUUUAAAUAUCUGGUUACAAUUGUAAUUUGGUCCAGAACCGCCGCCUGGUGGUAAUGUUGCUAUCAGUGUGUUUUUAGAAGGUGGCGGUGAACUAAAGAGACUGUUCAUAAAUAAAACUCGCACACAUCAAACUUUAGUCAAACACUUGCACAGAAAUACCUACCCCUACUUUCUCAGAGGACAGAAGAGUUUUUUUCAUCCAUUGUCGUUGUGACUAUAAUGAAAAUUUAACAAUAAUAAUAUGCCUUAUAAACCUUAGUAAUGAGUACUCUGAGAACUGUAAAAAAAAAAGGGGGAAAAGAAAGGGUUUGCAUAUUGUAGCAGUAAUCCAACAAAGUUUUCAUCCAACAUCAGGCCUUAAUAUAAUAGGUUUUCACUUCUGCUGACACUUUCAGAUGAAGUGUGGUAGAAAUAGGUUUAGAGACUUCACUGUGUUACAGUUUGUGCAGCUGUUCAAUGUAGCAAAGCAGUUGAAACCAGCUUACAAAUCAUCUGUUCGCUUAUGGCUAGCUAAUACCUGCAACUCAGUUGAAACGUAAAGAUAUUAGAGAUUCAAAUGCAGUUGUGGAUGAACUAUAUAUGUUGGUAAUGGGCCAAAAGAAUGAGGUUUUCUCUACAUAUGGAGGUUUCCUCUGUAAGCGUGAAGGUUCAUAUAUCUUUGUUUCUUGUUAACAAGUGGUGAGCAGAUAGUAAAUUAGAGUGAUUGGUUCAUUGUGGUUUAAUCUGUAGUAGUUACACCAUUGUUCCAUUUCGUUCCCAACCUCCUAGGAGCUUUACCUAGGAGGUAAAGAAAAUGUUACCUCCUAGGCUAUUAAACAGAACGUCUGUUUAAUAGAGAACCCUGAAGUGGAACCUGAACUUGCUGGAGGGACUGAAUGUCAUUUCUGACCUGAGAAAAGCUCCAGGAAUAAGCCAAGGGAACUCUACAUUCAAAAAAGGGGGAUGAAUUUGUGAUAUAUAACAGAGAUUUGACAAGGAAGCAAAUUCUUUCAAGUGAAAGUGAUUGCAGGGAAACAGCAGUACUUGACAUCUUGUGCUUCAAGAAACAAUAGUCAAAGGUAGCAUGAUUGCCUCUGGAAAAAAACAGCUCAGAGUCAACAAGCCAACAGUUACUUUGCAGAUGUAGAAAUCACUGGUACUAAUGUUUUACAUGCUGAUUUAUUUUCUAAAUACUGCUCAGGCAAUUUGAGCAUGUGCCUUAAUCAACCAGCAAAUGAGUGCUUAAUGAAAUUCUCGACUGUCUGGCAGUGGAUUUUAAAUUCUGACUUCGUGUUUUGCUGCACAUCCAAUGACACAUCCAGUGUCAGGUAUAAUGCAUAUCCAAAUCUUUUACUUUAAUUUAAUAAUUAAUGUUAAGUCCUCGUCUCCAUUUACGUAAGACAAGAAAAGAACCUUGUUGUGGGUGUAAGACGGUGUCCUCCACAGUCAGGCACAUUAAAAAAGCUGGUUGUGGGUUUCUAUGACAUCACAUCUCCCAGUGAUGUUUAUAUUGCCAUUUUGGAUGUCAGCAUGCCAACAUAAAAAGGGUAUUACAAACAGUCAAGAAUGUUUCUUAGUUUUAUGUGAGACAAGACAAUGGGUUGCUGUGAUGCCAAUACUGAAUUAUCGAGAAGAUCCAUCUUCAGUUUUCACUGCCAAACAGAAAAAUGCUAAAGAGGAGGAGUAUUUAUGGAGUUGCCAGAGUUUAGUAAUCCCAAUACCUCAUCACCAUGCCAGGUGUCCUUGCUUGUAAAAUAAGCUAAAUUACCCAGCCUGCAGGAUAUAUUAAAGCUGAGAACAGGCCUAACUGAAGCAUUACAAACACUUUAUCUUCACUAGUUGAAUUUUUGACAGUUUGGCUUGCAAUCCAGAGAUCUGAUUCAGCCAUUUAACUCAUAGCAGCAAAUAAACAAUGUCUACAAAAUAGUCAUCUUUUCUAUCUGAAUUUAUUGCUUUACAGCAGCACAGCUAGUGUCUGUUCCAAUACUUUAUUUCACUGCUGUGGUUAUCUGAUCAAUAUUUAUAGUGAAGGUAGAUAGCCAGUCUAGUAGUUUAUGUUACAUAACAAGCAGUUCUGUAAAAUAGCAUUUCACCCUUUACAGAUUUUUUGUUUUUUGUUUUUUUCUCACACUUUCAUGUUUCCAAUUAUAAGACUGAUAUUCAAAGGGAAAACAAUUUUCAACCAACAAUUUUAAAAACACCAUUUAGGAACACAGCUAAAUAAGCUGAACCCUUGUGUUACAGGAGGUAUUUUCAAAGAAGAGUUUGUUAAAAUUCCUGCACAGUGAUGUAAAAGAAUAAUUGCCAAGAGCUGUAAAUGUUCCCAGUGACAGAACCACUAGGUAGAUUCAAACAGAACCGGGCUUAAAAAGACACACAGUUUAAACCUAUAAGAGGGUAAAUACUUUUUGACAACACAGUAUCUCAUGUGAAAUAAGCUGUGCUACUUAUAGAUGUGAUAACCAAUGAAAUAAGAUUGAAUAUUUUGUUAUGUUGCUGUAAGAUGCUCUAAUCUCUCAGGAAAGAAAAAAAAAAAUCUGUGUGGAAAAUCCGUUUUUCACAGUAUUUCCCAAUGGCACAGCUGCAGAUCCUCUGUCUGCUCUUGUGGCUUUUGUAUUUUUAUGUACCUGUUAACAAUUGCAGGGAUGACAUGGACCCAGUCUUUCUAGAUGUAAUGAUCUAGGUUUUUUCUCCAACAUCUGUGCUGUAGUUAACAGUCCACAGCCAACAUGGGUGUUAAUGGAAGUCAAAGCAUACAAUUGUCACCUCCUUACUUUCUAUGAAGAAAACAAUGAUGUCAUGCUACAAAUACCAUAAGAACAAACCAAGCGUUGAAAUUUCUUCACCACAUCAACAAUAUGUUCGUUUGGUAACUUCUGCUCUUCUCUCUGCUUCAACUGUGCUAUCUUAGUAGUUUAGUUUUGUAUAAUGCAUACUUUUUCAUGAGGCGACAGAAAAUGAAAAGUGUAGUAAAAAUCAAUAAGAUGUUGGCUCAUUGGGUCACAGUAAUGUAGCCUUGGAUUACCAAAGUUUUUUUGGUAAUUCUUUAAGACCUCACUGCUCAGCCUGUAGCUUUUUCAAAGCACAUGCUAUCCAUCUUUCCUUAACCUAGUUUUAAGUUGUGUACUGCGAAAGAUUGUUCUGAUUGGAUGCACGUGUUUGUUUCUAUGAAAUUUGUACUCGCCGUCUCGAUGUUUGUCUUUGUGGUGUUAUUGUUUUUGUUUAUUGGCAUUAUUCUAUAAAAAAACAUGUAGCACAUAAGAAGGACUUACUCUCCUAAACAUUCCCUUCAACAAAAAAACACUGUGUUAGCACUAAAAUAUGUUGAAUACUAUGUAUGUGUAAAAUUGCAAUCCUUUUAAAUGACAUUUUGUUGAAAGCAAAUUUUGUGCAUUUAUUAUAUGUGUAGCUAUAUUAACACUGUGCUUUUGAGAUACUUUACAAUUUAUUGGUAUUUUAGAGGAGUGAAGAUAUUUUGUUUUGCACAUUUAUUUACGCUUGAAACUUUCUCUGUAAGAUUGAAGUCUUUUUGUGCUGUUGUAUUUUCAAAGAAGACUAAAUAUUUCUGUAAUAAAGAUGAUGCAAAUAACUCA